AUGUUGGUGCCAGGUGACCAAGACGGAGGUCUGGAGGAGCAGGUGCUCCACACUGAGAACCUGACUGACAAUCCUAAAUUAGUCGUCACCAUUAUUUUUAGCACAGGAUUAUUUAGCAAAUCGUAUCCAAUCACGGCAUUAGAUCUAAUGUUGGACAUGAAGAAACAUGAUCUAGAUAAUUGUUUUUACUGUUUCUCUUUAUUUCAGAUAAAGAGCAAAACCAUGGCAAAGAUGUUCUUUGUGACAGUGGUUUACUGCCUUUUGCUGCCCCUUUCCCAGUCAAAGGUUGAGGAGAGUCAGUAUUGCUCAACACAAGAGUCAAGUGCCUCCAUUUAUUCACCUGUGAGUUCAAUAAAUGAUAAUCGACAUGUAGAGAGAUUUUUUCAUGCAGAUUUGAAUUUGGAAAAGACUCUGUUUGAGACUGUUGCUGCAUAUGUGGAAAGAAUAGUUCUCCCUAUUUCUGUUGUUAUCCCCGGAACAGAUGCUAAUAUCAUUAUAAGCAAUCUCAACAUCAUAAAGGAAUGCAAUUAUUUUGACAAUAAUGCAAAAUGCAUCUGCUUUGAUGAAGACAUGCAGAACAAUACAAAGUACAGUCUACAAUCUUCAGAAAUGCCCUGCGACACUAAUUGUAGUCAUCUUUAUAUGGAUGAAAUUGAAUUCUGCCCAGAAAAUGUCAAAAUUCUAACGAUGGAAGUCAAGGCAACAGGUUCAUUUAAACUCAAUGUAACUCCUGCUGAUGAAGAUCCAAAUGAAGCAAUAUAUUCUACUGAAGAACUUAAGACAAAUCUGACCACAAUCCUUGCCAGUUCUUACAGCAACUUGAUUGGUUUCCGCUGUGUCAAAACACUUCAGAUUCGAAAUAAAAACACAGUUGACUAUGAACUUACAAUCAAUGGACAGAUAAAGUCAAAAAACUUACGGAGUCACGUCCAAGAUGCAGUUUAUCUGAUCAAUCAGAGUUUCAAAGUGGAUUUAAAAUCCUUUCAAGUGAAGUCAAGAGGACUGGUGACGAUUGAAGUAUCUCCUAAAAUCGUUCUUUAUAAGAAACCUCUAACUAUAAAUUGUACAAUUGAUGACAAUGUAGAAUCCGUGAACUGGUUCAUUUCAGGACCUGAAGAUGAGAAAGAAGCAAAUAUUUCUGCACAUCAUUAUAGUUUUGAGAACAAUUCUGCAUCUAAUUCCAUUCUUAAAAUAAAUGCAACUUCAAUGUGGAAAGGUAAAUACUACUGUUGUUUUUAUUUCGAAAGUGGAUCACUGAUCCAUGAAGCUAGUGGAGAUUCAAACAUUUAUCUUCUCCCUGAGGAGAUCACAACAAUUCCAUCACAAUACUCAGUUUCAGGAAAUGAGAGCAUCCCUGUCAAAUGUUGCAUCAAGGAUGAUGGAGAAAAUUAUACUGUCACGUUGGAAACAAAAGGCAGCUCAGAUGGAGCUUCAAGUGAAUUGGAGUCAACUGUCAAUGGCACAAAGUGUUGGAAAUACGUAAUAAAUUUCAAAUUUGCAAACACUACUGUGUACAAUUGUACAUUCACAAAUUUAGUAAGGCAAAGCACAUCUGGAAUGAUAACUAUUUCUGUCCUAAAAGAAAAUGAAGCAUCAUGCAAGAGUGAAGAGAUUGGAGGUUAUAAGUGGCAAACUACCGCAGUUGGCCAGUAUGCAGAAAGCAAUGACACCUGUGAAGAAGGAAAAGUUGGAAAAAUAGUAAGAUUUUGCACAAAGGAAGGCCAAUGGAACAAAGUGUUCGUCAACUGUACACACAAAACACUCAUCAAAUUAUUGUUUUUGGCCCAGGAACUAAGCAAUGGACGUGAUUCAACUUACCAUGAGCUGCCAUUCAUAUUGAAAAAUCUAACUGACUUUAUUGACAAGCAGGAGAAGACUCUUCCGGAUAAUAUUGCUACAAUUAAAAUUCUGGAUACACUGACCUUAGCCACAGAGAGGUCAAAUUCUAUAUUUAAUGAAAGUGUUAUGUCAGAUUUCCUCUCAAUAGCAAGCAAUGCAACACUAAACGACAUAAAUAACGAAGAACAAAACAACUUCCAUUCAAGCAUAUUGAUGAGAUCUGUUGAAAAAUUCAGUGAAGCAUUUCAAUCUCCUGAGGAAAACUACACAUUGAAUCUUCCAAACAUUAUGCUUAAGGGGCAAAUGUUUAACACUGUUCCCUCAAAAGGUUAUCGUGAGAUCUUUUCUGAAAAUUAUACAACUACAGUAGAGAUAGAAAGCAACAGUUUGAAAGAUAGAGUAAAUAAUAACUCUUUCACAAUAUCAAGCAUCAUAUAUUCGAACUUAGAUCAAAGUUUAUCUGCAAAAAACAAUCUACCAAAUGAUGUUAAAGAUUACUUUAUAAAUAGCCUGGUCCAAUCAACUACAUUGAAAAUUAACAGUGGAACAGAGAACAUGAACUCCAAGAUUACUAUCAACAUGUCUUUCUCUCCAAGAUCAGAAACAGGCAAUCUGAAAACUGCAAAGUGUGUUUUUUGGAAUUAUGAUCUCUUUGAAGGGGAAGGUGGCUGGUCAGAUGAAGGUUGCAAAUCAGUUUUUACUGAGAAAGGAACAAACUGUACCUGCACACACUUGACAUCAUUUACUGUGCUCAUGGCUAAAAAGAAAAUAAUUAUUCCAUUUAUUGAGGAAAUUACCUACACAGGAUUGUCCAUUUCCAUUGGGUCCUUGAUAUGUUUUAUCACUAUUGAAAUUGUUGUGUGGAACACAGUCAUUAAAAACAAUGUCACCCGUUUUCGUCAUACAACCCUCAUCAAUACUGCUAUUGCUUUGUUAUUUGCCCAAUUGUUCUUUCUGCUUGGUUCAAUUCAACCUGUUAAAGACAAUGAAACCUUGUGUACAAUUGCUACAAUUUUCACCCACUAUUUUUUCCUUUCUGUAUUCUUUUGGACAUUGGCUCAAAGUUUAACACUUCUCUAUCGGCUUAUCUUUGUUUUCCACCAGAUGAGCAAGACAACCUUUAUGUCAUUUUCUUUUAUUCUUGGCUAUGUUUGCCCCUUGGCGGUAGUGAUUGCUGCAACGACACACUUCAUCAGCAAAGGCAAAUACAAGAGAGAAGACAUAUGUUGGCUAAAUGUCAGUCCACUUGGAAAAGUCACUGCCUUUGAUACAUUUAUCGUACCAGUUGGAUGCAUUAUUGGAAUCAAUAUGUUUAUCCUGACAGUGGUCAUUGUGAAAUUAAUGAGGCCAUCUGUAUCAGAAGGAAAAAACAAGGAGGACAAAGAAACAAUUAAGAAAAUCAUUAAAGCUGUCCUUAUUCUUACUCCAACUUUUGGAUUGACUUGGGCCAUUGGAUUUCUCUUAACUGAGGAUAAUUCGUAUUUUCUCCAUUACGCGUUUGCUAUUUUAAAUUCAGUUCAGGGUUUAUUUAUUUUACUAACUUCCAGUAUCACAGAGACAAAGGUACGGGUAGCCUUCAUAAAGCACUUUAAGUCAAUGACUCUUCAAAGUACAUCUGAGACUGUCUACUCAAAAACAACAUCUCAUUCAAUUAAAAAAUAAGGUUAUACAGAAUGGAAAAUCAGAAGUUCUACACCAAUACACUCGGCAGUUCCUUUGAUAAUUCUCAUAUUACAUUUCUUAG